UGAGGUGUCGUAUAAUAAUAAAGUAAUUCAUUUUUUUUUUUUCGCGCAAAAUAUACUUAUGCAUUUAUAUUAAGUAGUAUUAUAUAUUACUUUCCAUUUUUAAAAUGGAGGAAGAUUUAUUUUAUCAACAAGAAAAUAAGUUUGUCCCAAGAGAACUUAAAGAUUGUCCAGAAUGCGGAAAGCCCAGAAUUUCAUUUGGAUGGUGUAAGGAUUGUGAAACUAAUUCUAUGAAAGAAAAUUUUCCUUAUUGGACUUCGGAAAAUAAAGAGAUUGAUGAGUUGAUUCAUCAUACUCAAUUAAAUGCCUCCCAAACUUGUGAUUACUUGGAAUGGAUCCCAUUUGAUAAAUUUGAAAUGGUAAAAUAUAUUGGCAGUGGUGGAUUUGGUAGUACCUAUUCAGCUCUUUGGAUGGAAGGGCCUCGAUGGAUUUGGGAUGAUGGUGCUCAAGAAUGGACUAGAGCCGGUCCAAUGAACGUUGCCUUGAAACUUCUUGAUAAUUCACAAAACAUUUCAAGUUCUUAUAUUGGCCAGAUUAAAGCGUAUCACAAAUGUUUGCAAUCGGCUUCAUUAGCCGAAACAUUCGGGAUUACAAAAGCACCUACAUCUAAUUAUAUGAUUGUCAUGAAAUAUUACGAAAACGGUAAUUUAUACCAAUGCCUUGAUCGUUCUAGUGGAAUUCUUUUCUGGCGUGAUAUGAUUGAUAUGUUAUGGGGCAUUGCUGGAGGUCUUGAAAGAAUCCAUACUGAAGGAAAAGUACAUAAAAAUCUUCAUGGAGGAAAUUUACUUAUUGAAGAUAAGAAAAUUUCUACAGACGCUCGUAUUGGUGACGUGGGUCUUUAUGGACCAUGUUAUUAUCAUGAAAAUAAAAAAUCAGGUCAGAUAUAUGGAGUUCUACCAUAUAUUGCGCCUGAAGUUUUACGUGGUGAAGAUUAUAGUACUGCUUCUGAUAUAUAUUCAUUUGGUAUUAUUAUGAAUAUACUUACAACUGGAAAAAGACCUUGGCAUAAUAGAGCUCAUGAUAUCAAUUUAGCAAAAGAUAUUUGUGAUGGUAAAAGACUUGAAAUUCCGGAUGAUACACCAAAAUUUUAUGCAGAUUUAAUGCAACAAUGUUGGGAUAAUGAACCAGAGAACAGACCGACUGCAUUUUAUUUAAACGAAAAAUUGGGAGAAUGGAUUAUCUUAAUUUGUGACGACCCAAAUCCUUCAGAAAUUUCGAACGAUAUUUCUAUUGCAGAUGAAAAAAGACAUAAAAUAAUUUCUCAAUUAUCUAAGAAUUAUAUUCAGCCAGAAAUACAUCCAGAAGCAUAUUAUAUAAGCAGACUUUUGUAUUUUCCUGAAUUAUUAAACCGACAUGACUAAUUAUAAUUGUUAAUUAAAAUAAUUUUUAGCUAAUGAUUAUAUAUAACUUGCCAUAUAUUUAAUUUUUAACUGUAUAAAGCAAGAAUA